GACGGAGCACAUCAGGGCUGCCCGUCGUCAGAAUAAAUUUAAUUCAGUUGUUAGUAUAAUUGUUAUAUUGUUGUGUUGGUAACCUACCUUUGUUGUGUUUCUUUUGACUUUGUUAUCAUGCUGUGCUCUGGAAAUUGUGAUAGUACCUGUCCGAUUUGUUAAGGAGACGAUCUCCCUAGCUGUUCAUAUGUUGCAGGAUCAGAAUGUUCGUGAGGAACAGUCACCAAAAGAAACUCAUUUCACGAGAAAAAGCACCCUCGCAACCUGACCUUGAGACAAGUUACACCCUGAAGACACCCCGUUCUCUACCUCGUAACCAUCACGUGUUAGAUCACGUGGGGAAUGACGUGACCCCCACCAACUCACCUCGUAACCAUGACUCCCCGAGAAGCUCACACCACUCUUCCAGAGUAGAUAUCAGGCGGAAGAGUAGUACGAGUCCUGUGACCUCGGAGAAGGCACCUGAUAGUGGGUACACUAGUGUGAGAGUUAGCGGAGGGAAACAUAUUGCUCACACUGCUCUGGGUCAAAUAAACCAAGAGUUGCUCCAAGAACUCGAGGAGGAAAAUAAAGCUCUGCGAUCUGAACUGAGAUCCACCAUAGCAAGCACCCAACAGCUUCUGAGUCUAGAAAAUGAGAUUCGGAGACUGAAAUCAGAGAGCAGCAGGUAUCAGGCUGAGGUUUUGAGACUGAAGGAUGUGGAUCUAAAGCUUAAUCAGGUGGAACAGUUUUAUCACGAGGAAAAGAAGAAUUUCCGGUGCACAAUCGAGGAUACCCUCUUGACACUUGAAGACUUCAGAAAAGAUAAAGAGAAUCUAGAACGCGAACUGUUGGAAUUAGAAGAAUUACUGAAAGAUGCAGAGCAGAAGAAAGGUUCUCUUCGGGAAGAGUUGGUGGAAAAUAAUACCCUUCUGAAAAACAAUGUGGAAAAACUAAAGUUAGAGAUUGAAACGAGACAGUCAGAAAAUUCGAUGCUUCAAACAAGAAUAUCUACUGUUGAAGAAAACUGCAGUUUCCUUGAAGGACAAGUACAAGCUCUGGAUCGAGACAACCACGAAAAAGCACAAAUAAUCACCGCUGCAGAACAACAUGCAAAGGAUAUGGAAAGAGAAUUAGCUACAUUGAGAAAAGAAAAUGCAGCACUACACUCCGAGCAACACAAAAUAGAGCCGUUAGAGCAUGAGUUGGAAGAGCUUAAGUCUAAUCUUGCUGCUUUAAAGGAAGAGAAACCAGCGCUUCAGUGCAAGGUAGACAAAGCGGAAGAAGAGAACAGUCAGCUUCACUCACGUCUCUCUGAACUGGUAAAGUCUCACACGCUACUAGAGGAGAGUGUUCAGAACAAGGACAGAGUGGUGAUCAGUAUGCAACAGGAGCUGGAUAGUCUCAAGAAAAUAUCUGCUCUGGAUGCUACCCAUGCAAAAGAAAAAGAGGGCGAAGCCAUGAAAGAAUGUGAAGAUUUGAAACAAAAGAAUUGUCAGCUGUCAGAAAAAUUAGAAAAACUGAAAAGUGAAAUGGAAUACAUUGAACAGGCGUUCUUUAGAGGUUGGUCAGACCAUAUUGAUGAAUACUCCAGCGAAGAAUCAAAAAGUGUUACUUUCCAAGACCAGUCCAAAUCACCAUCAUCUCAAGCCUUCCCCAAGGCAGAGCGGAUCAUACAGUCAAUAAAACUAGACAGGCAAAAGCUAAAGGCAAAGCUUGUGAGAUCAGUGCAGGAUUCAAAAACGUUACACGCCCAGCUUAAUGACACCCAAGAAGCUUUGGAGAGGGAAAGUGCAGGACUUGCUAAAAGAGUUAGGGAAGCUCUGACGAAGCUUGAGGAGAGUGAAGUCAAAAGUCACGUUCUGGAAAGAACUGCAAAGAACUUGUCCAUUCAGGUGGAGGAAUUGAACGUGGUGAACAAAAGCUUGGAGCUAGAAAAUUACCACCUUAAGAAACUUAAUGAGACGUAGAAAAGCGGCCACAAUCUGCUUAAAGCCCUCACAACUUACAAAAUUUACAGUUACUUGAUUAGAUUUCUGGGAUGACUAAAUUUGCAAAAGAUCAACAAUCAAACGACGAAAAAUGGUAAAUUGAGAUCAAAAUACACACUGUACGAAAAUGAAAAAAGCCAAGCCUUAUUCGAAGUUGAAAUUGAUUUCUUGGAUACAUUUUUAAUUAGCAUGCUGAACUAAAUACUUCAAUAUUAAAUUAGCACUAAAUAACAAGAAGAACGUUGCACUUUCAAUUAUAAUUUUUGUUUUUAGUUUCUUGACAUAUCUGACAUAUCUGGUUCUUGUUAAGGUUUGGUGUAUUGAUAGUUUGUAUCAUGUUCUAUGAUUUUUUGAAUACCCCAAAUGCUUAUUUCUAUGCAUUAUUUUACUGCAAAACAUAUUGCUGUUUUGAUUGUACUAUCGAUGAUUAAGAUUUAAGACCACCUAAUAUUUUAUACAACAUGAUUAGUAAUUAAUUCUAUCGACAUUUU